AUGGAAACCGUUCGCAAUAUUCAGAAUCCAAUACCUCCGGUGCUCUUGCAACCAUCCAAAUGGCUUUCUAUCUAUGAAGACUUCGUGACGAAGAACGCUAGCUCGGUUGGUCAAGUCGAGUCGGCGCUGAGAUCUUUGACUUAUAUCAUCCCAGGGCGAUACCGCGAAUCAGAGAUACCAUCAGAAUGUGUGCACUCUGGUGUCCAGUUGUUAUCGUUAUACCAUGACUCUCUUGUUUCGCGAGUUGUUGAUCGGCUUCCAUCGACUGUACCCCGGCCGCCGCCCACUCCCCACUCCCGAUAUACCAAAUACUGGACCUCUCGCUCCUCGCUCUAUCGCCAGGUAGCGCUUGCGCUACAAAUGCUCCAGUAUACCGAACUCCUCUGGGAGAUGGCGGCGCGGCGGCGCGGCCAGAAAACACGUUGGCGCGUGAUUAUCUUUAUUGAAUUCGCAAAGGCAGUCUGCCGCUUGCUUCUUCUGCGAUUGACCAACUCCAGGCCGCUUGUGAGCCCUCCACUUCCAGAGCGCGAGGUGGAUCCGAGAACGACAGAAGAAGAGGAACCACGAAGUGACUGGAACGGAAUGGACACUCCAGUCAGCGAGCGGUCUUCAGACUUGAGUUGGACGAUGCCUCGCACAGGACUUUCCCUUCCGUCUCUCCCCGACGUAAACGAUGUGUCGAACUAUCUCAUCUCCAAAGUGCUUACAGCAGAUGACAUCAAACCCCCCAAGGCACUCCUCCACCGAGCGACGGGACAAGGACAAUUAGCUGAAGUGCUAUACAUCCUUCGGCCUGUCGUCUACGCAAUGGCGAUGCAAAAGUGGCGUGGUGAUAGGCGAAGCUGGCGGCCAUGGCUUAUUGGAUUUGGGAUGGAGUAUGGCUGCCGCCAGCUCGCAAAGCGUGACUUCCGUGAACGGGUCGCUGGCGGUCUUCGAGGACUUACAGGGCUUGAGCGAGAGGAGCUGAAGAAGCGUGGAUGGUCAAUGGGCUGGUGGAUGAUGCGAGGCGCAUUCUAUGAAAACAUCACCAAGUCAUGGCUGCAGAGUUUCACUGGAAAGAUGAAAGGCAAACCAUUGUUGGACUUGGUGGGCAGUGUUGUGGAGGACUACGAAUACCUGUGGGACAACUUCUACUUCUCGACUGCUACACUGUGA